AUGAGUGUCGAGGCUGUGUAUAUAUAUGACGAUCUCUCGAUCGAAGCCAUCUUGGAUCUAUCCACGUAUCAUGUAUCCCCCUCUGGAGCAGUCUUUACCGUCGAAACAACGAAUCUAUCGUCAUCAGCCCCAAUUUCUAAUGAAACAGCUGAUAAAAAGGGAUCACCAUUGAAAACUCUGGCAUUGUCACGAGAUGUCCCCUCUCAGCAAUAUCCUAAGUCGAGUAGUGUGGAAAUUGAAUCACAUCUCGUUGGCAAGACCAAGCAGUUGAGCUCGCUGGUCACGAGCAAGCACAUCGACGCCCUGAAAACAAUAAUAUUAUUGAGGAAUGCCUAUACGCAGAACACCUAUCUUACUGCUCGGCUUACGGGAGACCAGUUGCUAGAACGUGCCACGCUGACGAAUACAGCUAUGGAAUGUGCGAGGUGGCCACUGCCCUCCGAUCUUGAAGCACUUGGAGACGCGAUAGCAGAAGACGGCACCGUGACAAUCAAGUCGCUAGAUCGUACAGCAACACUUGCAUUAUCAUCACACCGACGAACUUUUGUCGUUCAGUACCCUGCCGCUGUGGACGAUCCUGAUGAACGAGCUGCUAGAAUACGAGCAGCGAGUCGAUCUACAGGUGAUGCCGACGACAGUUAUGCACGAUUCAAAUAUGUAUAUACAUCCGUACAACAACGAUUUGUGACUUCGAGUCCACCUGAAUGUUGGAAGUAUCCAUUGUGGCUUGCAAUGACGCUUGCUGGAGGUGACGUAUCACAUCUACUCCCAUUACCAAAGCCUCCAACACCUUCGACUCGUCACAUAUCAAUACCUCUCCCAGCUUCCAAUCAAAACAUCUCACCAUCCAAUAUAUCAAACUCAACAUUCUAUCCAUCACACGCACAUAAUCAUGAUCCAUCCAAUCCGAAAACUAUACGUUGUAUAUGGACUCCCAUCGCUCUCUACGUAUCCGACUCGACACGCUUCUUGAAAUCUCAACAGGACGAAGAUGAAGAAGAUGGAUUGUAUGCGAUAAUACAUGCUGAUGGUGCCUUCUUCCAAAGUAGUGGUGGAUUUAGGUUUCUGACGUUAUUCACCACAGAAAGACGUGGAGAUGCUCGUGCUGGAAAUGAGCAUGAUUGUGAAAUGUAUCCAGUGGAAAAUAGUCCACAAAGCGUGCACAAUUCUAUCACUGGUCGUAGGUAUCCAUUCAAGACGAUCGUCGAUGAAUUACUACGAUUAUAUACAAACCUCCACUUGUCAUUAUCAACUCAAUCCGCGGGAUCAUCUCGCUCACCAACUCCGAUAACAGCAUCAACAUCACCCACACCAUACUCUUCACAACUAAUAGUAGAAAUCACCAUACCCGAAGCAGGGAAAUUCACAGCGUACUCUGAUCAUCGUAUAAUAGUGAAUUUCAAUGAUCGUACAAUUCUGGAAUUAGAUGCUGGAGGUCAAUUUGCACACAUUUUGGAUACUUUUGGCGAAAAGGUUGAUGUACGAGUCCUAAACCCAUUGUCUUGGGCAAAGUAUACUCGACCAGCUAUACAAUUUAGGAGAUGGGCUUUGAGUAAUGAUAAUGAACGACGAGCAAUCAAGAAUGAAAGGCAAGAGGUUGUGAGUAAGCUGAAGAGAGCUUUGGGAAGAAGUCAGUAUUAUCUCAUUCAGCAAGAUCCGACAUUGCUGAGACCUGCAUUCAGCCCACCAUCUCCGGCCCUCGAGGCCACAGACGAGAUGACACGAGGAAUCAAAAAUCUCACGAUUGAUAACAUCCUCCAUUCUGUACAGACAAGGAAUAGUGAAUUUCUUGGCGCAGUAGCUCCCAAAUAA